GAUAAGCAGGUGUUGGCAGCUGCUGCUGAUAGCUGUGGUGGCAGUGGUCGGGUGCCGGGGCCAUGGACGUCUGAUGGAGCCACCAUCACGGGCCACAGCAUGGCGCCUGGGUUGGCCUACUCCCAUAGACUACAACGACAACCAAGGCUUCUGUGGAGGCUUCAAUCAACAACACGAAGUUAAUGACGGGAAAUGUGGUGUGUGUGGUGAUGCCUGGGACCAGCACCCCAGGCCUCACGAGGCUCCUGACGGUGUUUACGCUACAGGCACCAUCGUCAAGCAUUACACACAGGGGCAGAUAAUCAAUGUCACCGUGGACAUCACCAGCAACCACCGUGGACACUUCGAGUUCAGGAUCUGCCCAGACCCAGAGGUGGAAGCUACUCAGGACUGUCUCGACAAACAUCCACUGCUGCUGGCCGAUGGUUCAGGGUUCAAAUACAACAUCUCCCUCUGCACUGGAGAUCACAACUUACAACUGUGUCUUCCAGCACACCUCACCUGCACCCACUGCGUCCUCCAGUGGAGGUACGUGGCUGGCAACAACUGGGGUGUGUGUGAUGAUGGUACUGGUGCUCUGGGUUGUGGACCUCAGGAAGAGUUCCGUGCCUGCGCUGACCUGGCCAUCCUUCCUCUCAACCCAAGUUCCGUAUUUAAAUCAGGAGAGAACCAAAGAAGAAAAGUCAAGAAGCUGUCUAUCGCCCGCAAGAUGCAUUUUAUUGGCCCAGACUGCAAGAAGCAGAUAAGUCAAGAAGUUUGUCUAUCAAAGCAAGAUACAUUCUUGUCUGGGGGCCAGCGGAAAAAGCGUCAAUAG